CACUGAGUGCUGGAGAUGCUGCUGCCGCCGCCGCUGUCGCUGCUGCUGCUGCUGCUGCUGCUGCGGGACGGGUUCGGGUCCGAGUCGGUCUUGGCGGGCACGGGGCGUGGGACAACGCGGGACACGGUGGUGGCAGCAGGAGCACACUGAGAACCAUGUCCAGGAAGAAGACCCCCAAGAGCAAGGCGGGGAGUGUGCCGGCUACCUCUACGCUGCCCGCCGCCGCCAACGGGCCACGUCUGGCACAUCCCAGGACUGCCCGCCCUGGCCCAGAGGCACCGCCCAACGGGCCCCCGCAGUCCGGUCGGCCCUCACUUGGUGGUACUGGAGACUUCUACGACGUUGCUUUCAAGGUCAUGCUGGUGGGGGAUUCCGGUGUGGGGAAGACCUGCCUGCUUGUGCGUUUCAAGGAUGGGGCUUUCCUGGCUGGUACCUUCAUCUCCACCGUGGGCAUCGACUUCCGGCCAGAGGAUGGCAGGCGUUCUUACUGGUGCUGGCUGCUUCUGUUUCAGAAUAAAGUUCUGGAUGUGGAUGGCAUGAAGGUGAAGCUGCAGAUCUGGGACACAGCUGGUCAGGAGCGGUUCCGAAGUGUCACCCACGCCUACUACCGCGAUGCUCACGCACUGCUGCUGCUCUACGACAUCACCAACAAAGAUUCCUUCGACAACAUCCAGGCCUGGUUGACAGAGAUCCAGGAAUAUGCCCAGCAGGACGUGGUGCUCAUGCUGCUGGGGAACAAGGUUGACUCAACUCAAGAACGUGUGGUAAAGAGGGAAGAUGGGGAGAAAUUAGCCAAGGUGAGUCAAAUCAGGGAGGGUGAAGAGGGAGCUCUUGAGAUUCUGACACUUGGGCUGCCCCCAUGUGCCCAGCACCCAGCUGGCAGUAGCUAUUUGCAGGAGUAUGGGCUACCUUUCAUGGAGACCAGCGCAAAGACUGGCCUCAACGUGGACUUAGCUUUUACAGCCAUAGCAAAGGAGCUGAAACAAAGAUCAGUCAAGGCUCCCAGCGAGCCCCGCUUCAGGCUGCAUGACUAUGUGAAGAGGGAAGGGCAAGGGGUCUCCUGCUGUCGACUCUGAACCUGGACUCUCAGUUCCACACUGGAAGAAGCAGCUCUGCCUUUGAAAGUUGUCUGGGAGCCUACAGACUCAACCUCAGAGGAUGGAUGCCUUAAUGUCUUCCAAGACACCAGAGGCUAACGUCCUACCCCUUUGUCCCAGUGGCCACUAGAAAUGGUUUUGAAGCAUACGAACCGUGCCGUGGCAUAUUGCUGCCCUCUUAUGGGCACUCCCAGCAAUUUAGACGGCACCACACAGCACCCCUAUGAAAAGCCAUGCUAUAUUAACACACUGCUCCUUCAGGACUCCACCUGGGACUCAAAGCUAUGUCCAUCAUCCAUGUCCAUUUGUUGGGCUGCUUCCAACUCACUGCGAGGCUCUGAUACAAAUUACCACAGGAAUAUAAGGAUGCUAGAACCCAGUCACCACUUGGCCCAGUCCUUUCCACCUUGUACUAUAGCCACCAAACCAUAAAUGCCCAGUGGGAAAAAAAUGUGUCCUCAAAGAUCCUAUUAAUAAAGGCGU